AUGGUGCGAGGCGCGGCCUCGCGAGGUGCGCCUUCUCCGAGCUCGCCGGAGGCGCCCGCCCUCGGCUCGUCGGGCGGCAAGGAGGGCGGCGCUUCGUGCGGUGCUCCAGACGUCUCGCGGAUGCUCUUCUGGCGGCCCUCGAGUGGACCGUUGGCGCUGAACUGCCGCAGACAUCCACAUUACGUGAAAAUCCUGCACAAGGGCCGCACAGCGCUCUACGCCGGCCGCGGCGACUUCACCGACGUCGGCGCGGUUCAGGCGGAGAGCCCGGCUGCGACCGCGUGUGCGGUUUACUACUUUGAAGUCGAGGUCGUCGCUUGCUCCGCCUCGCCGCGAAUCUGCGUCGGGCUCUCGACAAAGGGCUCCGCACUAACCAAGCAUCCCGGCGUCGAUCCACACUCGGUGGGGUACCGCGCGGAGGACGGGCGGAAGCUGGUCGGCUCGGCGACGGGCUCGUCGCUCUCUCGCGGCGGCUCGCUGCCGGGUGAAGCCUUCAGCUCGCCGUAUGGCCAGGGCGACGUGGUGGGCUGCGGCAUCCAUCACGCGUCGAGAAAAAUUUUCUUCACCAAGAACGGCGUCUGUCUCGGCGUCGCCGCCAAGGCGGAGCCCGCGGUGGAGUACUUUCCCAGCGCGGGCAUGCAGGGCGCCGGCGAACAACUUCGAUUCAACUUCACGGGGCCUUUUGUCUUCGACCUCAGAGGCAUGCUCCAGUGCGAGAUGCUGGAGGAGCGGCAGCGCAUCAAGGCGGAGCUUGGGCAUCCCUCGCUAGCGCCCGCGCUGACGGAAGUCGUCCGCAGCUACUUGCUCCACGCGGCCUUCUCGCGCACGCUGGCGGCCUUCGAGAAGGCCCUCGCCGCCGAGCAGCCGCCAGAGACCGCCACCGCCGCAGACGCGCAGGGCCCGGCGCGCGCGACAGGCAGCGCCGAGGAGGCGCUGCAGAGGCCGGCGCAGAGCGCCGAGGGCGAGCGAGAGAGGCGCGACGCAGGCGACGACGAGACGCGGCGCGAGGACGCGCGCGAGGAGUCCCCAGGCGAAGCUGGCGGAGAGGAGACGAUGGGCGCAGAGAGCCGCGAGGAGGAAGUGAAGUCUGGCGAGUCGUCUGAGGGAUCUAUGUCGAGCGCCGCUCGCAGGCCCCUGAGCAUUACGCUUGUGCGACCCUCGUCGCCUUCCUCCGCCUCUGCGGGCGCCGCCGCCGGUCUCGCCGUCGCCUUCGCGCGGCCAGAGGACGAAGGCAGCCCCUGCCCAGACAUCACGAUGCAAGAUGACGACAAGAGCGAGCGCGAAGCGAUGUACCUGUAUCCCACGCCGCAUCGCGACUUCCGCACGAAGCCUGAGACCUCCGCCAUCCUCCUCGCCUCUCUGCCGAAGCGCACCGAGCUGAAGCAGGCCAUCGUCAGCGGCCGCGCGGAUGUCGCAGCGGAGAUCCUCGACCGCCACUUCCCUGCGGUCGUUGCCCUGCCGCAGUCUGCGCAACUCGAAGAUGAGUCGUUUGCGUUGGCGCUGCUAUACACACAGCAGCUGAUUGAGUUCCUGCGGCCGCCGGCGCGUGACGUCAGGGCUGCAGUCGCGUGGAUGAAGGCGAAGCUGGCGCCGCUGACACGCGACUCGCCGCCGCACAUUCGGCAGGCCAUUACGGAAUGCUGCGGACUUCUUGCCUUCCAAGAACCUGAGCGCAGCUCGCUGGCUGCCUUCUUCGAUUUAAACAGACGGACUGUCGUCGCGACGGCGAUCAACCGAUGCGUGCUGCGGCACCACUUCCGAAUUCCCUGUUGGUCGUCGCUGGAGGUCCUCGUGCGCCACCUCGUCGCGUGCCGGCAGCUGCUGCGAGAGUUCUGCGGCAACCGCGGCCCGAUUCCCUCUUCGAGUUUGUUUUGCUAUCCGCCUCCGAUGCGUCGACUCCUUCAGCCUUCUUCGCCUUCGCGGGCUCUCGCAGCCCCGCCGCGGCCGUUGAUUUCUACCGCCUACGGUGAAGAGGAGUUGCUCGAGCUUCCGCUGAUUUACAGCCCCUGA